UUUUUGAAAUACAGGGUGUUGAAUAUAACAGAUGUAGAAAACUGUAAAAAACUUUGUUUCUAUUAAAAAAAGUCUACAGACGAAAUUAAUGAAAAUAUUGAACAAAAAUUUUAACACAGUAUUUAGAAAACUUGAAUCUACGAGGAAAAAAAUCGGGAAUACUUUAGAGAAAAUCGUUUUUGAAAUUCAGGGUGUUGAAUAUCACAGAUGUAGAAAUCUGCAAAAAACUUUGUUUUUAUUAAAAAAAGUCUACAGACGAAAUUAAUGAAAAUAUUGAACAAAAAUUUUAACACAGUAUUUAGAAAACUUGAAUAUACGAGGAAAAAAAUCGGGAAUACUUUAGAGAAAAGCGUUUUUGAAAUACAGGGUGUUGAAUAUAAGAGAUGUAGAAAACUGUAGAAAACUUUGUUUUUAUUAAAAAAUGUCUACAGACGAAAUUAAUGAAGAUAUUGAACGAAAAUUUUAAGACAGUACUUAGAAAACUUGAAUCUACAAGUAAAAAAAAACGAGAAUACUAAGAACGGUACCGAUUCUGAGAUAUAGAGUGCCAAACAAUGGUUUAAAAACAUUUAAAAAAAAUUGAAAGUAUCCUUUAUAGACAUAAAUGCCGUUCGACCUCGUUAAUGUAUAAUCAACAACCAUCUCCAUUCGUGGUUUAUGCACCAGAUCCAACAAUGUACGGACCCUAACACGGUCACAUGUCCAUCACCAUUAACCACUUUCAGUUUCGUUGGCGGGUUGGAACCAGCCGGUCGUGUUCAUCGAUUAACCACCCGCGCACCUUCACAAACUUUCGUUCAAAAUUAAAAAUCGACAUUCAGUACAUUUAUCUAUGUUCUAAAGAAUAUGCGAAUAUAAAAUGAAGCUGCAACAUCGAGUUUUUAAUAUACUGGAUGUCCCAAAUAAUCAGACGAACGUUUUUAUACGAAAAAUAUGUUUAGUGGAUCGGGUAUCGGGAAAAUAGAUAAAAGGGAUUGUUCCUCUGACGUCAGACAUGAAAAAGAAGAAGAAGAUGUGACCGACGAUCCCCUAGCUACGAUAAAAACUGACGUUAAAGGACAGAAGAUUUAUUCGGUUAGCAGGUCAGUGGUUUUACCGAGAUUAUAUGUCGAAAAUUGCAAUUUUCCUAGUGACGAUACUUCUUUUUAUGGUGGAGGGGUGAAUCCGCUCUUUUUGGAUUCUAAUCAGAAACAUUACAACAACCCUCGUAUAUCUGCGCGUUCGAGAGAAAAAUCAACGUCUUCAGGAUACGGGGAUAGUAAUACUGGUAGCGUUAAUGAUCCUUAUCAGGAGCAACAUAAAUUGGUCGAUGAAGUGGGGGUUUUUAUCGAGAAAAAUCCAGCUUUCGUAAGAUCGAUUAAAAUUUCAACACGCGGUAUAAAGAGUAACAAAACCGUGCCGUUUCAUGCGACAUCUGCUGGUGAUACUCUUACAACGAUUCCUGAAGGUAAAAUAGACCUCACAGUACCUAAGCCAAUAUGGCCUAUACACGAUAAAAAACUACUGAAUCAAUACGAUUCCAUCGUCGACGACGCUCUUCUUCUUUACACUAGCCUAAACUACCACCCAGAAAACACGAAAAACCAAGAAUCCUACAUAGAUAUGUCCCUCAAAGAUCUACUUUUCGAUAUUUUAAGCGGAAUCAACGAAACUUUGGAAGGUAGAAACACCACGCCCCCCGAAAACCUUCUAAAAAUCAUCGACGAAAAGAUACGAACUAAAUUCGAUAAUUUACGUUUAUCCACCGAGGAAGAACUCAAAAGACUUUGUGUGAAUUUAACUCACAGCCGUACGAAAAACUCGGUUUUGAAAGCUUUGAGUCACUCGACGUCGAGCAGACAUUCCGGCGUCGAAGAUGUGUACGACACCCCGUCAAGGUCGUCGAGUAGUGGGUUCAGUGACCGGAAUUUGCCGGUGUUCGUUCACGAUAAUCUAUUUAACGCGCCCAAUAUCGUUAGGAACGCCCUCAUUUACGGGACAAUCUGUAGAACGAAGACCGGUUCGGAGGGAUUGUUGAAAAAAUCGAAAAAAAUCGGCACGUUUCCUAAAAAAAAUUUGUUAUCGAACAACGACGGUAAACCGAGUGUCUGGGAACAAUAUUACGGCGUUAAAGCUAUCAAUGAUGAACCAAAUCGGUAUCCCAGAAAACCUACAGACGUCCCUGUAUACCCCGUCGGACGACCGGAAGCGGAUUUUACGUUGGAUAUGCCGAGAUCGGAGCAUCUUUUGAGGAGGAUGGAGAACGAUAAAAAAUGGCGGUGUCGUUGUAGAUUGUUGACGUCGUUUUUCGGUUUGAUUUUUUUUUUGCUUUCGGUUAUGGUGGUGAGUUUGGUGCUUACGAGGGGUAGGAGGAUGUUCGGGUCGAUGGUUUAGGUGGAAACGAUGUGGAUUCGAUGAUUUUUUUUUAUACGGGGUGAAGUGAUAAUUGAGUCGGUAUCGUUUGUUCGUAAGAAAUUUUGUAGUUACCAUUCUAACGAUUGUGAUAAAGUAUACAGUGUGUCAUCUCGAUUUUUUCGUGAUGUCAUACUAUUAUUUAUAAUAUUUAUGAUUGAUUUUCAUCGAAACAUGUAAAUAUACAAUUCGAAAAAUUAAAUGAGACUUUUAUUUUUAUUUGAUUGCUCAAAAACGACGUUCGGCAACAAUUUGUAUGUUUUUCUAGUUAGAGAAACGACGUUCGACGAAUUUUCUUCGAGUUUAACGUUCGGCAACACUGCAAUGUUCGUAUGGUUCUAUAUGAACGUUCUCCCGCAUUUCAGGAUAACUACUGUUUGGCAACCCUGCGUUUUCUAUGUAUUUCUAGUUAGAGAAACAAUUGAAAAAUUUUUUUAAAGUUCGACGUUUGG